CGAAUCUUCAGCUCAGGAUACAUCGUGUUGUUUCAUCUUCUGUCCUGCUGGACUGUUUCAGACGCUUUAACGAGUUUGGUUGACAGUGAAUCAGCUCAGACUCAGAGACUCAAUGUCUUCACCCUACGUCACCAUGACCAACGACUACCCUCAUGACAACCAGGUGGACAACAGCGCCUUUUGGGCCAAAGGCAUCUCCAGGUACAGACGCUGGUUGUUUCCUGGUCUGACGGCUGCAGUCAUCCUGAUUGUGAUCAUAGCAUUGGGAGCCAGCAACACAAGGACGUCGAAUCGCCUGGGGUCCAUGGAGCAAACUGUUUCCAACCUGACUGAUAUCAUCCAAUCACUGAACACCUCACUGCAUCACGCUCAAGCUGAAGAAACUCGCCAGCUGAAGUUUGCUGUAGAGAAAAACAAUGACCAGCUGGCCUCAGUGUCGGAUGCGUUGAAGCAGCUGUCAGUGCUGGAGAACCUCAGCAAGAGCGUCAACACACUCAAAUGUUCCCUUGAACGCAUCAUCAACAACAGCUCAGCAGCUGGUGGCUGUUGUCCUCUGGGUUGGGAUCGGUCGGAGUCCAACUGUUAUUACUUCAGCAGCGAUUACCUUUCCUGGAACGAAUCCAGAAACUGGUGUGACCAACAUGGAGCUCACCUGGUCAUCUUCCUCUCUAGCAAGGAAUGGGACUUCGUGAGCCAGCAUGCUAAUCAUGUGUGGUACUGGGUUGGUCUGAGUGACUGGAGAACAGGAAAGUGGGAGUGGGUCAACCAGACACCGUACAUCAUGGAUCGCAAGCAUUGGGUUCCCGGUCAGCCUGACAGCUCCACUGAGCACGGCCGCGGUCACGGAAACGAAGACUGCGCUCACCUGCACACGAGCGGACGCCUCAACGACGGGCACUGCUCCACCCGCAUGAGCUACAUCUGCCAGUCACUCAGUCGGAGCACCUAAACAGAGAAACUGGGUUAAAAUCAGGUGGGGAGUUCCGGUCCUCUGCAAUGAGGCCAACGUGGAAGUAACUUAAAUUUUCAAGAUGGCGCUGCUCAGAUCCGAUACUAUUGGCCUCCGAGCAGCAGUCCACAAACCAAUGGGUGACGUCACGGAUGUUACGUCCAUUAUAUAUACAGUCUAUGGUUGAGCUACAAAUUUCACAAAAUCAAAGAGUGAAAAAGUUGCUGAGUAGGCUUUUGUCUGAUUGUAACUUCUGUUGUUGCUUUUUAAAACUUUCUUUACUUGUUGAUUGAGUAAUAAAAAUAUGGCAAACGGAUUUAUAAUCAACAGUUCUUCAUUGCAUUGGUUCUAGAUUGAAUGUCUUCAAUUCAUCUUGAUAAUAAAGCAUGUAAAUAAAUCUCUUUUCUGUAUGAUCUUAUUGGUAAAAACUGACUCAGUAUUUCAGAGAGAAUUUGAAGCUUUUUUCUUGUCAGUCAUACUUUAAGAUAUCUCAACAUCAAUACGUGGGAGCUGCUGAUUGGUGCUGCUCGUCCUGCUCAUCAAAACAUUUCAGACGCGUUCUCUACAAUACAUAACCCCCCCUCCCUUUAAAUGAUGGUACAGUCCUUCUGUUUAAAACGCUGCAAAUGCUGUUUUGUUUGAGGUGGAGUUUUUUUUUCUAGUUGUUGAUAUAGUUUAGUUUAGCCUGACACACACACACACACACACACACACACACACACACACACACACACACACACACACACACAGACACACACACACACACACACACACACACACACACACAGACACAGACACACACAGACACACACACGUCAUGUUUUCCAGUUCAAAGUUCGUUUGGUGGGCAAUGACCGCUCAGCUCACUGAUUAGAGAGUUCGACUGUCUGUUAGUGAAGAAGAAGAAGAAAAAGAAGAAGAAGAAGAAGAAGAAGAAGAAGAAGAAGAAGAAGAAGAAGAAGAAGAAGAAGAAGAAGAAGAAGGAGUCACAGAGGUUGAAGGAGCAGA